AUGUUCCGUGACAUUGAUGAAGACGGAAGUGGUAUUGUCAGCUUGGCAGAAUUUGAAGAGGCCUUCAAGGACCAAGCCAUCUGCGACAAGUUCCUGAUGCUCGGGUUGAAGAAGGAGCAGGCUAUGGAGCUUUUCUCUCUGCUGGACACUGGUGGAGAGGGGGAGCUGGACCUGUCCGAGUUUAUGCAAGGCAUGUCCCAGCUGAAGGGGGUUGCAAAAAACAAGGACAUGGUCAUGCUCACGAAGGGCAUUGAACGUCUUGGCAAAGGCAUCAACAGGAUUGGAGAGAGCAUGGGUGUGCAGGGCGCCAAAGACGAGCCUCAGGCCCGGCUGCAUCUGCCCUACGAUGUGAAGAACUCAGUUUACCUGGAGGUUCAGUCGAACGAGGAGCCUCUCUUUAGCUAUAUCUUGCGCUACGUGAGCAAAUCUGUCCAGGAUGCAAGAAGCAUCCGAGCAGACAUGGGCAAGGGCAGAGGCCUGGGAGCAGACGACGACGAGAUCGAUGAUUUGCUGGUGAUGGUGAAGGGCAAGGGCAAGGUUGGAGGAGCCAGUCGCAAGCGCAAGCGAGAGGUUCAAAUGCCUUCAGGCAACAUCGGGCUUGGUUGGCACUCCUUUGACUUCCAGUGGGAUGAGGGCAAGACCAGCAAAGUGACAGUUGUUCUCCAGCGCAUCGGGCAGCCAACAGGUGAUGGUCCCUCUUUCUUCUCUUCCUUGGUUCUCUUCGUGGAGGGCACCGAUCAGAUGCCACUUCUCAAAUUGUGCCAGAAGGCGGCCGACAACGAAACCAAGCAGAAAGCGAAUCGAGUCUCCCUGUGGAGAUUCGAUACCAAGUAUCACUUCUGGUCGCGAAUCUCCAGGCGGAUGGCACGAAGUCUGGACAGCAUUGUGCUGGAAGAAGGCGUGAAGCGCCCCCUGCUGGACGACCUUGAGUGGUUCCUGAAAGAUGAAACGCGGACUUUCUAUGCCAAGCAUGGGAUCCCGUAUCAUCGCUGCUACCUGCUCCAUGGUGAGCCUGGCACGGGGAAGACGUCUUUCAUGAAUUCCGUUGCGGGCCAUAUUCAGCGGAACCUUUGCUUCAUCCAGAUGGACAAGCACAUGACGGAUGACACAUUCAGAAAUGCCAUGACGCAGCUUCCGGCUCUGUCUAUGGUGGUGCUCGAGGACGUGGACGCCCUCUUCACGAACCACCGUGAGGCCGACCACAACAACUCAUCUCUAUCCUUCAGCGGGUUCCUGAACUGCCUGGAUGGCCUUGGGGCUCCGGACGAUGUAGUGAUCUUCAUGACCACCAACCAUCCGGACAAGCUGGUUGCCACCUCAGUUUCAUGUGUUCAUGGUUCAGGUUAA